GCGCCGCCGACAUGCUGGUGCACGGAGUGACGCUGCGCUUCGACCGUGUGGCCCCGCCCACUUUCCUGCAGCGCCUCCCGGAGCUGCGGAGACGCAUCGCUGCUGCCAUGGCGACCGCGCGGCCCGAGCUCCUGCACGUGCUCAGUGUGCAGCCGGUGGAGACGGGCCAGCUGGACCUGCUGGUCGCUGUGGAGACGCCCGAGGGAGGGUUCUACAAGGCAGCGUACGUCUCACAGAAGCUAGCAGGAGCACGCAGAAGCCUUGACCAGGUCCUGCGUGUGUCAGCGGUGCUGGAUAAGAACUGCUCUGCGCUGGAUUGUCGUGAGUCGGCGUGUGAGCAGCGUUUGGAGCUGGACUCCCACAACAUGCAGACACACUCCACACACACACUCAGCUACGUCACCCCGCGCUUCAUACGACACACACGCUGCAUCUGCACCGAUGGUAGCUGUGGUGAUGACGAGGGUGUGUGUGCGGGUGUGUGUCCAGUGGACAUGCGUUGUGUCGGAACCUUCGGCUCCAGUGGACCAUACACCUGCCAGUGUCCCCCUGGCAAACUAGGAGAGUGCGCAGGUCAUUCCUCUCUCAGUUUCCUAGGUAACAGCUUUAUCAAGUACAGCGUGUCAGAAGGUCUGAGGGGCCGAGGAGUCAUGAGGGUCAGUCUGCGAAUCAGAACCCUCCAGAGCCGGGGAGUCAUCAUGUACACAAACACACACGCCUGCACACAGCUGAAGCUGGAUCAGGGUGAGCUGUGGUUUCAGGUGGAUUGUGGGAGUGGUCUGCCACACCUCGGCAUCUCGGGGCGUCCAAUCAAUGAUGGGCGUUGGCAUCAUGUGACAGUGGAGCUUGGCGCGAACCACAGCAGCCUGUCAUUGGACGACACCUACGUGGAACAGAGGCGUGGCCCCCUCAGGCCACUCCCAUCCACUCCUGAUUGGUCGCUGGUGUUUGGGGCGGGUCCAGACGAGGGCGUGGCCCAAGGCCUGCAGGAGCGUCGUGAUAGGCUGCGCAGGCCGGCAGGGGCGGGGCCAGCGGUGGUGUCGGGGUUCCAGGGCUGCCUGGACGCGCUGCAGCUGAACGGACGAGAGCUCCCCCUGCAGGACAAGCGCAGCGCUGACGCCCGCGUGCUCAGCCACGCCAGCCUCGCCCUGGGGUGCACUCUGCGCCCCGACGCCUGCCAAGCACAGCCCUGCAGGAACGGAGCCAGCUGCAGCAGCCAGCCCAGCGGAGGGUUCUGGUGUACUUGCGCAGCGUUCUUCACGGGCCCCCGCUGUGAGGUGGAGAUGAGUGUGUGUGUUCCCAACCCCUGUAAGAACGGGGGCCAGUGCAAGGCCAUCGGCAACGCCUUCCUCUGUAGCUGCAGGAGAGGAUACACUGGGCUCACGUGUGAGGAGGAUGUGAACGAGUGUGAGGGGGAGGAGUGUGAGAACGGUGGCGUGUGUGUUAACACGUUCGGCUCCUUCUUCUGUAAUUGCACGCCGGGCUUCGUGGGUCGCCUGUGCAGACUGCGUCCCGUGCUGGUGCCUGACAUGCAGGCUGGCCACGCCUACCUGGGACGGGAGGAGCUGAUCGGCAUGGCGACGGUGCUGUUCCUCAUCGUGCUGCUGGUGCUGCUGUUCGUGGCGCUGCGCAAGCGUCUGUUCCGGAAGAGUCCGUCUCGUCUGGCGCUGGACCCUGCGGCCGCUGCCCUGCUGCACAAGACCAACGGAGCCUUCGCGCCGCCCACACACACGCUCACACACACACACACACUCACACACUCUGCUGGACUCUUUACCGAGGGGGCGGGGCCUCCACAGGUGCCUGUCAGGCCCAUGGCAUACACGCCCUGUUUCCAAGGCAACGAUGGAACGCGAGGAGUGAGCGGCGCCCUGGAGAAGGGGGCGGAGCUUACAGAGAUGACUACGUUCCACCCCUCAGAGGCGUCUCCACGGAUACUGGGCGGAAAGUAUCGCCAAGGGGCGUAUCGUGGUGCAGCUGUCAUGAACCUCCCACCCACCCCCCCCCUUGCCCUCCGACAAGCGACCCCUCAAGAGCCCUGGGACGCCACGCAGGGCGCCGCGAUGUGGCGGGUAGUGUGCGCAGGUACGCUACGCGGCGGCAAGAUGCGCUUGCGUAAAUGCCAGUACGGGUACCAGGUGUGUGCAGGUAAAGGAGAAGACGGGGGGUGUUUUGGAGGCAGCAACUCAGAGGUUCAAUCCCUUAGUUCCUUCCAGUCUGAUUCCUGUGACGACAACGCCUCCAUAGUGACAGUCAUUCGACUGGUUAAUGAUGCUGUCGACACUAUCGAAAAUGAAGUGUCUGUUAUGGACCAGAAUCAGACAUACAACAGAGUCUAUCACUGGGACACGUCUGAUUGGAUGCCAAGCUCACGCCUGCCGGAUAUUGAAGAAGUUUCAGCCUAUGAGAGUGCAGACACCUCAGUCACCAUGACGAUGGGUGUGGGGGCAGACUUAGAGACGGACUACUACCUGGGUGGGGCUUAUGACAUAGACAGUGAGACUCCACCUCCACAGGGGGAGGAGUUACACCUCUCUCCACCAAUCACCUCUGACCAUUAUGACAGCUCGCCUGCCAGUCAGCCGGUUUCCACGGACACCACUCUGAGCAGAGGGCAGAAGGCCCGCCCACAGUUCCAUCCCAGCCAAUACCUGCCUCCACACCAGCCGCCACUCACAGACGGGCCCAGCACAGGGGAGGAGCUUUGCACAUUUGUGGGCGGAGUUUUGGGAAGGCAGGACCUUGAGGAUCAGAUGUCAGUCAGGCUGUCAAUCAACGCCUCCUCAGCUUCCGAUGUCUCCGCCCCCUGUGUCUAUGGUGACUCGGAGACAGACAGUCUAGAAGAGUCACAACAACAGACUGAAGUGUGAUAGACAGACACACACACACACACACACACACACACACACACACACACACACACACUCUCAAGCGCACACACACACAAACACACACACACACAAACACUCAAACAUGCACAAACACACACAUAAUCAAGCGCACACAAACACACACACAAACAUUCAAACAUACACACACACACACACACACACAGACACACUAAUGAACUGCGGCCCCCCAAAUUCCUCUCUUAAUAAAUGGCAAAAAUUAAGUGGGUGUGGCCAACUGUUAAAGCACAGGAAGCGACUUUGGUCAUGUGACCUAGUCAUGUGACUGCAUGGCUGUGAGCAGUCCCCUGAGUGAAGAGUCCGAGGUGCAUGUGUGUGUGUGUGUGUGUGUGUGUGUGUGUGUGUGUGUGUGUGUGUGUGUGUGUAUGUGAGAGAUCACUGCCGUAUUUCUUAACAGCUAAAAGAGCAAUAUCACAUUUGAGCUUCAGAGAAAGAGAGAGAGAGAGGAGGAAGAAGAGAGAGAGAGAGAGAGAAAAGCAAUAUCACAUUUGAGCUUCAGAGAAAGAGAGAGAGAGAGAGGAGGAAGAAGAGAGAGAGAGAGAGAAAAGCAAUAUCACAUUUGAGCUUCAGAGAAAGAGAGAGAGAGAGAAAAAGAGAGAGAGAGAGAGAGAAAAGCAAUAUCACAUUUGAAAGAGAGAAAGGAGGAAGAAGUCAUCCUGGACAGGAGCUAUGCAAGUUGGUAUGUAUGUAUGUGUGUGUGUGUAUGUACUGUAUGUGUGUGUGUGUGUGUGUGUGUGUGUAUGUGAGGUAGCUAGCUGCUAGCUAGCCAGCUGAGCUGACGUUCACAAGUUCAGCUGUUCUGUCCUCAUCUUUCUUCUCUCUGUGCAGAAACUCCCUCAGAUAUCCAGUAAACUUGCAUAUCGUCUUUCAGAGUUUAUGCCAAUCCAAGUUUGAUGUAAGAUGAGUUAGAUAGCCUCAUAGCCUGUUUCAUUUGUAAAGAUAGUGGGCUACGCUAGGCUAGGCUACUAUGAACUAGAACUAAAAAGCCAGUUCAUAAUAGUAGCUUAGUCAACACUAUGUCAGUUUUAUCAACCGAAAAAAUAGUAAUCCAGAUUUCACUUGAAAAUCAGAGUAGCUCCCGAUGACAGGCCUACGUUAGCCAUGUUAGCUACGUUAGCUGCAGACGCAGACAGCUGCAGACAACACGGAACAGUUCGCUGGAAGGACCCGUAGCCCAGGCACUGCCAGCUUUGGAUGCAACUUCAUCUUUGCUAACAGCCCCUCAACUUCAUCUUCGCUAACAGCCCCUCACGUCGACUCGUCCAGGCACUUAGGCGCGUAUUUUGUUUGUUCCUGUAGGCUACUGCCUGUCAUGUUCAAUAAUGUGGUUAUGUAACCAUGUCACAUAACCAUAACCAUGUAGCCUGCGGAAGACUAGGCCUAGCACUAUUUAGGACUGAGUAGACUACGUUAGUCCAGCCAGAAAAUAGUCUUCAAACUCUUAAGCUUUAAUGGUCAUGCGUGUAUUAAGACGUGGUGUUAACUAAAAAGUUAGUGUCACAGUAUCUUACUUGAGGUCUAGGAUGUCGAUCACCUUGCACAAGGUUAUUUAAAAUACUCAAUGAAGCAAACUUGGAUUCAAUCGCAGGCGUAUCGCUAUUAGACUCCUACAUUUUUUGACUCCCAAAAUGGCAGUGUUAAUAUCUCCAUUCUGGUUGUUAUGGGAACAAUAAGCCAGAAUCCUCUAUACAAUUUGUAAUGUCAUCCUACUCCAGACCCUGUGAGAUUGGUGGUCAUCCUGAUUAGACUAGACAGCAGUGAGGGUAACGAUAGAAGGUAGAGAUGGGUAGCCUGAUGAUAAAGUUAUUCUUGCUAUUAUUUAAUUAAUUCUUAUGUUUCAUUUAUUUAUAGCACGUUGUAUUUUUAUGUUAUUUUGUUAACACACAUGUGCUUUUGCAACGCUGCUUUGUAGUCUUACUGGAAUUUAUGUCUGGUCACACGCCAUUUGGAUUUGAUAAUGGGUCAUUUUUUAACCCAGCCUGGAAGCUCCAAUUUACCCCGCUCACAAAAUUGAGGAUGUCAAAUGCUUCAAUUGCUGUUUUCUGUUUGUCUUUUAAAGUUAUUUCGCUAUUAAUAUCUCGUAUAACAGACGUGGUUCUCCAUUGGAAGCUGUUGUGUUGUAAACGAAAUCAACUCUAGCGCACUUACUUGGGAGUCUCAAUAAGUCGUCUCUAGCGAGCUUACUUGGGAGUCUCUGGGGUAAUAAGACGUCUCUAGCGGAGUCUCUGGGGUAAUAAGACGUCUCUAGCGGAGUCUCUGGGGUAAUAAGACGUCUCUAGCGGAGUCUCUGGGGUAAUAAGACGUCUCUAGCGGAGUCCCCCGUCCAGUCACAAUGUGUGUGUGUGUGUGUGAGUGAGUGUGUGUGUGAGUGAGUGUGUGUGUGUGUGAGUGAGAGAGACCUUGACCAUAGAGAGAAACAGAGAAAGAGAAAUGAAGGGAGGAAGAGGGGAUAGAGAGAGAGAGAGAGACUUAGAGGAAGAGAGGAAGGGGGGAUGGAGAGAGAGAGAGACUUAGAGGAAGAGAGGAAGGGGGGAUGGAGAGAGAGACUUGGAAGAGACUUGGAAGAGAGAAGCAUGUUGUCACAGGAGACUAGGGUGGAGUUAAACUCAGGCAGGAGUGUGUGUGGGUGUGGGUGUGUAUGUGUGAGAGAGAUUGUGUGUGUGUGUGUGUGAUAGGGGACUGCAUUGUGACGUUGCUGAUAGUGUAUAGUUGUGUUUCUUUAGACUGAUUGUACAGUGUAAAUAGACCCCAGAGCAGAGUUUAUACCAAUACAUCUGCAGGGAGGCACACACACACACACUCAUACAAAUACACACACUUGUACAGACACACACACACACACACUUACACUUAUACACACACACACACUUUCUCUGAUCCCUUUCUGAAUGCUUCCAGUAAGUUCUGUACUCUGAGGGCGUGUCGGGACAGAUCAAAUGUUUUUUAAACAGAAAUUAAAUAAACAGUUUAACUCAA